AUGGUUAAUUCGAAAGCCUUCAGCAAAGUAAACUCAGGUGAAUACACAAGAUUUCACUCUCAAGAUCACAAGGAUUUAAAGUUCUCAUCUUUUUUGAGAAAGGAUAAAGACUAUUCAGUUGAGCCAUAUAGAGGCGUUCCACUUGUAGAUAAAAGAUUCGAGCCUAAACCUGAGUAUUCAAGAUUGAAGUUUGACCCAGAUGUGAGAUCUGUUGCUGAUGAUUUUGAGAAUCAUUUAGUUUACAGGUAUAUGUAAGGUAUUCUACCAGAUCAAAAACCUGAGUCAUCAUAUGUUGCUGUCAAUCAUAAUGGUUAAGUUUGGCAUUUAUUCAAUGCAGAGAAGAUGCCAAUUGGUCGUUUGGCUGCCAUGGCAGCUGUUUUCAUUAGAGGAAAGAACAAACCAGGCUUUGUUCUUAAUAAAGAAGACUAAGGAGAUAAAAUUGUAGUCGUCAAUGCCUCUAAAAUUAUGAUUACUGGUAAAAAGAAACACCAAAAGUUGUACAGACAUUAUACUGGCUAUGUUGGUAACUUAAAAGAAAUCCCAUUCCUUGAACUAUAGGAGAAGAAUCCUAGAGAAAUCAUUAGAAGAGCUAUCAAAGGAAUGAUACCUAAAAAUAGUAUUAGAGAUGAUAUUGUAGAAAGAAAUUUAAUCGUGCAUAAUGGUCUCUAUCACAAUCACUAUGCUCAAAAGCUUCCUCAUUUUGUUCGUCAAAAGCCUGAAGAUAUUAAUAAGGAUUAUGGUAUAAAUACUAUAACAAAAGAGGAUUAUUAUGUUGAGUUCGAAUCAAACCCCGCUAACCCACCUGUAGAAUUUAAGGACUUUGAAAGAAGAAUUGAUCCUGAAGUUGGCACUCCUAUCCCAUCAAUGACAAAAACUCACACAGAAGGAAGUAGACCAAUGCAAAUAAAUAGACAACUUCAAAAGAGCUUUAAAUCACUAAGAAAUUUUAAGAAGUUUUGA